UGUCCCCGAGCCCUCUGGGAAGUGGAGUCCUUCCGCCGGGACCCCCGACCUGGCGCGGUCGCCUCCAAGUGCGCAGAUGCGACUCCAGACGGAGCCUCAGGCUCGAGCCUUUUGUUCCCCCACAGCUCCGUGUGUCCGGAAAGCGACUCCGUCCUCCCCUCCGUCUUUCCCAGAGCGCAGACCGGCGGGGACCCGCCCUGUGGCCGGAGCCGAGUGGGCAGCGCGUCCAGGGAACUUCAGAGUAGAGUUGAAUGAUUUUCACAAAGAAGCAGAUUAUGUAUUGUUGGAAAGUCCAUGUUUAUCUCAUCUGAAACAGCGAAUAAAGGAGAAAUCAUAGCAAUAACAGGACAAAAAAAGAGAAUCUAAUCAUGGAUUAUCUGACCAUUGAAGCUGAGGAAGAAGUCCUUCCAGCUAUUACUACCGAGGAUGCUUCUCUGCCCCAAAAACAGAACACGGAAGAAAUGGAACCCACUGUUGAGCUCCUUCCUGUUGAGUUCCAGGAAUUGGUGACAGUCAAGGAUGAGGAAAUGGACUUCAGUCAUGUGGAGGAAGAAGAGCUGAAUUCUGCCCAAAGGUACAUGGGCAUUGAUAUGAAAGUGGAGAAUUGUGGGAGCCUGGUAUUUUGGGAUUCCGAAUCUAUACCUGAAACUAAAGAAUCUUUUUCAAAGCAAGAACUUUAUGAAGAAGUGUCCUCCGAAAGAGAGCUGAUAAUAGAAAGACUUAAAAAGGUUGAGGCCUGGGACUCCAGAUUGAUAGAAGCCUGGCAAUGUGAAGGCACAUUAGAAAGGCAGCAAGGAAACCGGAAGAAAGAUUUAAGGCAAGCCAUAAUUAAACACAACAAAACCACUGUGGAGGAUUGUAAUGAAAUUGGGGAAAGUUCAAACCCAAUCAAACAUCAAAAUAUUUACUCAGUGAAAAAGCCUUGGAAGUGCAAUGAAUGUGGGAAGUUCUUCAGUUACUACUCAGCCUUUAUCCUACAUCAGAGAAUUCAUACUGGAGAGAAGCCUUAUGCAUGUGCUGAGUGUGGAAAGGCCUUCACUCGGAGCUCAUCACUUAUUCAGCAUCAGAGAAUUCACACGGGAGAAAAACCUUACGAGUGUAACAAAUGUGGGAAAGCCUUCAGUCAUCGGUCAGCCCUCAUUCAGCAUCAUAUCAUUCACACUGGAGAAAAGCCCUAUGAGUGCAAUGAAUGUGGGAAAGCCUUCAACCAAAGCACAUACCUUAUUCAACACCACAGAAUCCAUACUGGAGAGAAACCCUAUAAAUGCAAGGAAUGUGGGAAAGCUUUCAAUGAUACCUCAUCCCUAAUUAAACAUCAAAGAGUUCAUACUGGAGAAAAACCUUAUGGAUGUAAAGAAUGUGGGAAAGCCUUUAGUGACAGGUCGGGCCUCACUCAACAUCAGAGAACUCAUACAGGGGAAAAGCCAUAUGAAUGCAGUGAAUGUGGGAAAGCUUUCAGCUACUGUUCAGCUCUUAUUCAACAUCAAGGAACCCAUACUGGGGAGAAACCUUACAAAUGUAACGAAUGUGGGAAAGCCUUCAGUGAUCGCUCAGCUCUCAUAAGACACCAAAGAAUUCAUACUGGGGAGAAACCUUACAAAUGUAAAGAAUGUGAGAAAGCCUUCAGCCAGAGCUCAUCUCUUACAAAGCAUCUGAGAACUCAUACUGGAGAGAAACCAUAUAAAUGCAGUGGUUGUGACAAAGCCUUCAGUCAGAGUUCAUCUCUUAUUCAACAUCAGAAAACCCAUACAGGAGAAAAACACUACAGAUGUAAGAAAUGUGAGAAAACCUUCAGUGUGCGUUCAGCCUUUUAUCAACAUAAAGAAAUUCAUGAUGAAUAGAAUGCAGUAAAUUCAUGAAAUAGUUAUGUAUUCUUGGGGCACCCAGCUGGCUCAAUAAGGCUGGCUCAAUGCAAUUUUUGAUAUUGGGAUCAUGAGUUUGAGUCCCAUGUUGGGCAGAGUUUACUUAAAAAAAAAAA